GGCACUCUCAAACACCCAUGGGGCCGGAUGGGGCCCCGCAAUUUCGAGAUUUUCCGUCAUUUCGAAAUAAAAUGCCCCGGCUCAUCUUCUCGAUCGCACUCGAUGGCCAAGCCCCGCAUGGUCUCAAGUCCAGGUCGCGCGUUCCUGAGUGCGCAGUGGCGGGGAUGUAUUUAAGAGAAGGGUCAUCGCCCUGGGACCGCUCUUUGCGUGCCUAGUCCCUUCCCGAAACGAUGUCACAAAGCGACUCUUACCACGCCAAUGCCGACUACACGAAGGAGGAUGUCAGCCAUAUCGAGGGGACGACUGACCACUCGGAUAAGUUGUCGUCCAACCCCGGGGCGGGCUAUGUCCAACCCACUCAGGCGGAGCAGACUGGCUGGUUCGGUAGGAUGAAGGGCUACUUCCAAGAGCCCGCCAUUCCACCCGGGGAGUUCAUCACUAGGUAUCCGAACAGAUGGUCCAGGUUCCGUGAGGUCAUCCGCGAGCCCGCAGCAGAAUUUCUUGGUACUAUGACACUCAUCGUGCUUGGAUGCGGAAAUAACUGCCAGGUUACACUGAGUCAAAACACUGCCAUUUCUUCGGCCCCUAAGGGUGCUUACAUCUCAACGACUAUGGGUUGGGCUGCAGCCACCGCGUGUGGUGUCUGGGUUUCUGGUGGUAUCUCCGGUGGACACAUCAAUCCGGCAGUUACCAUAGCCUUUGCCACCAUGCGUGACUUCCCCUGGCGCAAAGUCCCAAUCUUCGUCUUUUCUCAGGUGCUCGGUGCAUUCUGUGGUGCGGCGUUCGUGUACGGCAAUUACCUUGGGGCCAUCGAUAUUCAGGAAGGCGGUGGCAAUAUUCGUACGACACCAGGAACCGCUGGUCUAUUUGCCACUUACGCUCUCCCCUAUAUGACAAAUAUCCGGUGCUUCCUGAACGAAUUCCUGGCCACUGCCAUCUUGCUCAUUAUCGUCUGUGCGGUUACGGAUACUAAUGGUGGCGCUCCCCCACCGGGGCUUGUUCCUCUCGUCCUGUUCUGCACCAUCAUCGCUAUCGGAUCAGGUCUCGGUAUGCAAACGGGUUAUGCCAUCAAUCCCGCGCGUGACUUUGGUCCGAGGACAUUUACGGCCAUGGCGGGUUACGGGCGGGCAGUGUACAACUUUAGGAACCAGUACUGGUUAUGGUGCCCCGUUAUAGGUCCCAUCUGCGGUGCCGUAGUCGGAGUCUUCAUAUACGACUUGCUGUGCUACCUUGGCAAAGAAUCCGUCCUCAACAGACCGGACAAGCGCGCCAGACGUGUCCAUGCCCAUGCUGAGGCCGCAGAAAGGACCAAACCAGGCAUCACCGGUCCCGAGCUCGUCUGAAGCCGCCUUAGCACGAGGGCAUCCAGAAAAGAGGUGGGGUGCGAUGAGUUUCAUUGGGUUCCAUGCGAUGCAUACUACUCUUAUUUCGUAUAUAUUCCCGU